AUGAAGGUCAUAUUGACUGGCGUGACCGGCUUCAUUGGCCGCGAGAUACUCGACCAAUGCCUUCAGAACCCAAGCAUCUCCUCCAUUGUGGCCCUGUCGCGUCGUGAACUGCAGCCGCCAGUGACAAGCAACUCCAAAGUGAAAGUUGUCGUCAUGGAGGAUUUCCUCGUCUAUCCCAAACCUGUAUUGCAGGAGAUAAGUGGUGCCGAGGCUUGUAUAUGGGCAUUAGGAAAAGCGCGAAUGCCAGACAACGAGACCAGUCGAAAGGUGAGCAUCGAUUAUACACUCGCCGCGGUUCAAGCGUUUGAGCAAAAUUUCUUGUCAACCCCCGAGGGUGGGAAGAAAUUCCGUUUCGUAUAUCUUAGCGGUGCAGGCGCAGAGAAAGACCAGGAAAAGGCUCUCUGGGUUAUGCAGGAUUAUCGGCAUAUCCGAGGUGAGGUAGAGAACAAAUUACUAUCAUACGCCAAAGACCACGAGCCCAGAUUAGAGUCUUACAUUAUGCGACCUGGUAUGGUGCUUUCAAAAGAAAUGACUAUAAGAAGCCUGGUGUUUGGCUUGGGCCCAUCGGUAAAAGUUGAUGCCUUGGCUAAAGUGAUGAUCGACUUGGCACUGCAUGGAAAUGAGCGCCAAGUCUUGGAGAACAAUGACAUAUGUGAACACGAGUUGCAUUAA